AUGGCCGGCGUAACCCAACCACCCUACCCCCUCCAUUCAUCCAUUGCAUCUCGAAUCCACCCUGAAUACGCCGCCUUCUACAACCAAUACAUCAUCAACCAACAACAAGUCCACCUCCAACCCAUCGCCGCCUCGCGCACAUCCGGCGUGCUACUCCCCGGCGGCGGCCCUGUGCUACCAGUCGGCAAAACAGAGGACAUCGCCGUCAAGCGCGUCGAAACCCAGGGACCAGAUGUAUUGGUGCGAGUAUUCACGCCCGAAGAACCGGCUCCCGAAGGCGGAUAUGGCGUAAUGCUGUAUCUGCAUGGAGGCGGAUGGGUGUUGGGGAAUAUAAAUACCGAGAAUACGGUUUGUACGAAUAUUUGCAAGAGGGCGGGUAUUGUGGUUGUUACUGUUGAUUAUCGCCUUGCCCCCGAAAACCCGUUCCCAGCCGCCGUGCAUGACUGCUGGGAAGCCCUCAUCUGGCUGCACACCCCCUCAACAAUCACCCACUUGAAUAUCAACCCCAAAUCAAAACUCAGCGUCGGCGGUUCCUCUGCAGGUGGCAACCUAGCCGCCAUACUAACACACAAAGCCCUCCUCGAACGACCCGGAAAAAUCAACAUUGUAGCACAAGCUCUCAGCGUGCCCGUAACCGACAACACCGCCAGCCCAGAAAACAACUGGGCAUGGAAGGAAUUCGAGUUUACCGCUGCGUUGCCCGCGCUGAAGAUGAUGUGGUAUCGCAAACAUUACUUGCCCGACGAAAAGGAAUGGGGUAACCCUGAAGCUUCGCCGUUGUUAUAUAGCAACGAAGACGGCCACUGGGCGAAGUUGCCUCCUGCUGUUGUUGUAGUUGGUGAGUUGGAUGUGCUCCGCGGUGAGGGGGAGGGGUAUGCGAAGAAACUACAGGAAAAUGGAGUCAAGGCAGAAGUGCAUGUUAUGAAGGGGAUGCCACAUCCGUUUUUGGCGAUGGAUGCGGUUUUGGAGGCUGGGAGGGAUGCGAUUACGCUGUUGGUGGAGGUUGUUAAGAGUUCUCUUUAA